AUGGAGGUUCUUUCGGAUCUAGAAGAUUCAAAGUAUCAGCAUGCAGAACCACGUCUUUCCAUUUAUGGACGAAGAAGAAACUUUCAGGACGAAUGGGAUAAACUCGCCAAAUGGGCGAUCACUCAUGAUGUGUGGAGUCCGAAUGUGAGAUGGCUGAUACAAAUCCCUCGACUUUAUGAUAUCUACAAGUCUAAAAAUAUGGUGAAAAACUUCGACGAGCUGCUUGACAAUGUGUUCACUCCAUUAUUCGAGGCCAGUACAGCCACAAAUGAUCCGGCAUCACAUCCCGAUCUUUACCGAUUCCUUCAACAAGUCUCCGGUAUUGAUUCGGUCGAUGACGAAAGCAAGCACGAAUUCGUUCAUUUCGAUCGAUCAACACCUAGUCCUGAUAACUACAAAGAUGCCGAGAAUCCGCCCUAUAAUUACUACCUGUUUUAUAUGUAUGCUAACAUUACUGCAUUAAAUGCUUUCAGAAGGUAA